AUGUCCUCCCCUAGCCUCCCCGCCGCGGACGCGCCGGCGGAGUUUCUUCCCGGCGAGGCGCACGCCUUACGACAGCACACCUUCCAAGAGCGCGCUUUCCUUUUCGAGGACGCUACUGAUGAGGAUGAGCAGGAGACGGCGGAGCAGCAGGCAGAGGAGAGAGCAGAAGCGGAGGAGGAGCACGAUGCGCAUGUGAUGGGCGCGUUCGAAGGGGACAUGGCGAGAAUGCACACGGAUGAAGCGGAAGAGUUGAAGAUAAUGGAAGCAGCAUCUCAGAUGCCGCCACAGGGCCAGGAGCAGCAGCAGCGUCAGGAAGAGGAGGUGUAUCAGAAUAACCCUAAGGCGAUCGCAACUUUGGAAAAGAGCCAAGCAGCCGCCAUGGAAGCAGAGGAGGCGGAGAGAAAAAGCGACGAGGAGGCGAAGAGAGACACAGACGCCAAACAGGCUGCGUGGAGGGACCUGGAGCAGCAUGAGAUUCCAGUGAAACUGACCUCAUAUGAAAUGGUGGACGCAGAUUCUCUUGCCACAAUCCAAGCAGCGGUAAUGGAAGAAGAGGUGGCGGAGAGGCAGACAGACGCCAGUGCUGCCGCUUUGAAAGACCUGGAGGAGCAAGAAAUUCCUGUGAAGCUGACCUCUUAUGAGAUGGUGGAUGAUGAUUCUCUUGCCGCAAGCCAAGUAGCGGAAAUGGAAGAAGAGGCGGCGGAGAGGCAGGCUGACGCCAGUGCAGCCGCUCUCAAAGACGUGGAGGAGCAAGAAAUCCCGACGAAGCAGACCUCUUAUGAGAUGGUGGAUGCUGAUUGA